CUGAACGCUACAGGCGUUAGGACGUUAUGUGAUCGGUUUCUUCACGUUUCCGUCCUCUCGCGACGCGUUAAACUUGUGUUUUUUUAGACCCGAGUGGACUUCGUUAUCCGUUAUCCGUAGUUAUCGAGUAUUUAGUUGUCGUCGUUGUUGUUUUAAUCGUUAUUUAUACGGCUCCGUUGAUAAGUUGCGUGCGCGCGCGCUCUUGUUGACGGUUGACACAGUGAAGUGAGGUAAAGUGUCUCAGAGCUGAAGGGAUGGUGGACAACUCCAACAGCGGCAAGACUCAUAUGGAGAGCAGUUUAGGAGGCAGCGUUUACCCUCAGGGAGGUGCAGCGGGGGUGAAGCUCGAAGCCGUGAUGGAGCAUUUGCAGCGGCAGCAACAAGCACGUUUGGAGAUGGAGCGCAAGGAGCGGCGUCUGCGUGACGCUCAUCUGAUGUACGCUCAACAAGUGGCCGCUCAGCACACUAUCCUGGCAGCAGCUCGGGCAUCUUCAAUGGGCAAUAGCGGAAAGGCCCAGGGGCACGUGGAGAGGCUGGACGAAGUCACUCGGGGCAGGGACUCGGGCGACGACGACGAAGACAUCGAUGCUGAUAACGAUGAUGAAGAGGAACCGAUGGCCAACGAAGGCAGCGAGGAGGAGGAGGAAGAUGACGACAGCCCAGUGAGUGGGCUGGAGUUUUUGCGGAAGCAGACGCUGGCGCUACAACAGAGUGCCUUAGCCAGGCAGUUUACAGGUUACUCAGCCAGCACUGCGGCAGGAACCAGAAUUCAGAGAGAUGACGCGUCUCCCAUCAGAGUCAAACAGGAGCCGGAGGAAGACCUUUCACCUGCUGGUCCGCAAACGGCCGCAUCUCCAAAUGAACAGGCCGACUGGGGCUACGAUGAACACAUUAAACAGAAUGGCAGUGGUGUGUGGAGUGAGGAAACAGACAGCAACAGAUCGAGAGGAGAAGCUUCCAGAGACUUUGCCAAGUUGUAUGAGCUGGACAGUGACCCCAACAGGAAAGAGUUUCUGGAUGAUCUCUUCACCUUCAUGCAGAAACGAGGAACUCCAGUAAACCGAAUCCCCAUAAUGGCCAAGCAGGUGCUGGAUCUCUACAUGCUCUAUAAGUUGGUGACAGAGAAAGGAGGCCUGGUGGAAGUCAUCAACAAAAAGAUCUGGAGAGAAAUCACCAAGGGCCUGAACUUACCCACCUCCAUCACCAGCGCUGCCUUCACACUCCGCACGCAGUAUAUGAAGUACCUUUACCCAUACGAGUGUGCACGCAAAAGCCUGAGCUCUCCCAGCGAGCUGCAGGCCGCCAUCGACAGCAACCGACGCGAGGGGCGUCGCCCCAGCUACAGCAGCAGCCUGUUCCGUUUUAGCUCCUCCCCCAGCCCUGGCCCUCACAUUCUCUCACCUCCCAAAAUGCACCUGGCUGCUUUGAGUGCCGGAGCUACAGCGGCACUGAAUGGCCUUCAGGGGGCAUCAGCAUCUUCAAUCAAGGCUUUGGAAGAUGCCUCUCCGUCAUUGCUGGCUCGUUCCCCAGCCAUGGCUCUGGCUCUGGGACCACAGCAGAUGGCAGGACUGGCUCGGGCGGCCACACUCGAGCAGCUGAGGGAAAAACUGGAGACCGGCACCGGACUUGGAGUCUCUGAGGGGCCGGAGAGGAAGAUGGCACGUCUGGCCGAGGAGCAGCAGAGACUCAUGCAGCAGGCACUUCAGCACAACCUGCUAGCCAUGGCGUCCCACAUGCCCAUGAACCUGCGCAUGGGUCUGACACCAAAAGAAGAUAAAAACGACCUGGCCUUGAGCAUUUCCUCCACAGGGUCUUCCAGCAUCAGCGUAUCUGUAGAGGUCAACGGCGUCGUCUACUCAGGAACUCUGUUUGCUCAGAAGCCCGUGUCAGUGGCCGUGUCUUCUGCAACCAACAUGUCGUCCGUGACGCCCAACACCACCUUUACCUUCCCCAGCCACAGCCCGUCCUCCUCUUCCUCCAAAGGUCCCAGCUCAGCCGAGCCGUCCACCAGCGGAUCGCCGUAGGACGAGUCGUCUUCCUGCCAGGCUUCAGCCUCCUCCAGGCCUUCGGCACGAACACAACAACUUACCCUCACACAGAUGUUUUAAAAAAAUCAGACUGUUACACAACCAGUACCUCAUUUACUUCCUGUCAGCCUUGGCUGUCUAUACAGGUUUAGACAUAUUUAAAACACACACACACACAAUUCAUCGUAACAAACACUGUGCUAAGUAAAACGCUAAACGCAAUCAUGACAUUCAGCCAAAAUCAAAUGACAGGUGUUCAUUACAGGACUUGAAGCUUUUUAUUUAGCAGAAAAAAUGCUAUUUUGUUUGUUUUAUGUUUUUUCCUCUCUUUUCCUGCAGAUUGAGCAAUCUGCCUUGGUUAAAUAUUACUAUAACAUCUUAACCUCAGGAGCUGUAGUGAAUGCUCCAUCCGAGUGAGUUUUAUUUUUUAUUUUCAGAAUCUUUUUGAAUUCCUCCGAUUUAUUUUUUCUCACCUCAUCGUGUUGCUAUACGUUCAGUUCAACAACCUCAUAACCAGCAGCUGCGUUGUAACUACGUGUGUGCUCAGCGUGAGCCGCGUCGCUCACGUGUCCUCCUGCGUACCUUUUAUACUCAGGGAAGUUUAAACGUGAUGUCCACUAGAGGGCACAUCACAGCCGACGCAUCCCUGUUUCUCAGGUUUCCAUGUCGAUCCAUUUCAGAAUCAAACCCUAACCUUAAUAAUGAUGUACCAAAUUAGCGAACGUGAUUAGAGAGACGGUUCUCUUUAUCUACACCCUUUCCAGCGUGAACGACUACAGGAGCCGUGGUGCACACACGUAAGUGCAGGUAUAAACACAGGCUUGGAUCUGAUUACAGAUGUUACAGCUGCAAAACGAGCCAAAGCUAUGACUUGAAUGACACACAGCUGGAUGGAAGCUGUGAUAACGGUGCGCAUUCACACUGAGCACUGCUUUUCAGAACAGUGCCUCAGAAACAAAAUACCUCAAAGCGGUCACUAGACACAGGGAAAUGUAGAAUACAGUAGGUGUGUGGUGGUGUGCAGUGUUCCUGUACAGUGCUACUCAUCUCAUCUCUUCCAGCCUGUAGCCUCAGGCAGGCUUUUGACUUGACUUCACUUCACUUUAGGCCUUGAACAGUUUCUGACAUCACAAUCUACCUCAUCACUUUCUUUCAUUUGUCUGUUAUUAGGAUUUCUAGGUAAGGCAGCACAGAGUAGCUCAGAUAAAUUGUCACUAUAUGCUGUAGGACAAUCACCGAAAGUGGCGUCAUGGCGACAAGCGACCGAACAGACGCUCUCGAACCUGCACACCGACGAGACCAGACGCUGGAGUAUAUUAGAGUUUGGUUUAAAUAGCGUAGGGAAUCCGAGAGUCUGCGUCUUGUCACUUUGUGCCUCUAGGGUGUGUGGUUUAGUUCUUUAGUUUUUAAUGGUUUAUUUUUAGCAGGAUGUAAAAUCAAAUCACGGUAAUAUUUGCCUCGCCGUGGAGCAGGCAGCUUUCUCAGGAACUACUCUGACGACUCGUGCGGUCAGUAAAACACAUCGUUAGUCUUUUUUUUUCUUUUCUUCAAGAAAUAUCUCUCUCACUUUUUCUCUCUCUCUUUCGCGAACAGAGACACUAACCGUAUCCUACAACCAGACUUGUACCAUUGCAGUUUCCUGAAUUCAGCAAGUUCCUGCCCGAUUCCAAAACCUCUCUCUCUCUCUCUCUCUCUCUCUCUCUCUCUCACACACACACUUCAUCCUUCAUCACUUCUGUAGCGUUCUGCAUUCAUACAAUCACACUGGUGCUUUCCAGAUGGCCUGAAUGCACAGUUACAUACCAAAGAGCAGCUAACUUACUUUCUGUCUGACUGUAACCAUGAGGUACAGCACAGGCGCCACCUCAGUGAAUUUCCAAAAAUUAUUUUUUUUUUUUUUAACUCCAUACAGAGGCCUUUUUUUUUUUUAUUACACUAUCCAUGUGGCAGCUGAUGCUGGAUCCAGGAGCUGUUUUUCCACCGUAAUCAGACACGAUGUUCUUUAGCGGUUUGGAGAACACAAAACAGGGUGCUGCUCUAACAGCUACAGAUGCCUCCAGUCCACUUCCUCUAUCUGUCCUGUUGAGGAGUAAAUCAACUCCGAGAGCGUAAUCAUUCUUUGUCUCUUGGUGCUUGUGGAUGUUUUUUAGACGAACCACAAUGUUGCCCUACGACCCUCUAUUCGGUUACUUGUUCUGUAUCUCGACCUCUUUAUGCUCGCCGUACAAACCUCGUACGUAAAACUCCUAGCUUCUUGUCUGUCAGGCUUUGUUUCUCUCCGUAAAUAUUUUUAAGCACGUUUCAGGGAAGCACAGAUUUGGUAUCGACUCUACUGUAGAUCCAGCACCAGAUGGGAGAAAAGCAGAUGCUUGGAGAGAUAAUUGAGAGCUGAUGAGUUGCUGACUGACGCUUUAAUUAAAUUAAAUUUAGGUCUGAAAUGAAUCGCUCUGGAAAAUCGUCUUUCCUUUAUUUUUUAUUUUUUUAACACGAAAACACUGAAGGUGCCCAAAGAUGAACCACCGAUGUAGUGUUGUCUCUGAUUUGCUCCUUCUCCCUAAACUCAGGAAGUCCAUUUGUUUUGCCAAACGUCGUCCUUCCUGAAGUGAACCUUCACCACGGUUGUGCUUGUAAAUGCUUUGUGCUUCUCCACGCUGCUGAUGUAAAGCAUGUGCAUCACUGAGAUCUAUGAAUCGAAUACCCAUUUUUCUACCAUGGAGCAGUUUACAGCCUUGAGGCUCAUCGUGGUGUCCUGUGAUGCUUUUUUUUUUUUUUUUUUAAACAGUCAGGGAAAAGUUGCGCUCAAAUGAACCGCUGCUGUUAGAGAAUGCUGUAGUUGCCUUAAUCGCUGGAGAGACCAGGGCGGGUUUCGGGAUUUCUCCAGACCAGAAUGUCGAGGCUCAAAAGGGUUUAUCAACCUGAAGUCCAGCUGCACAAAAUACAAUCAGCGUCACACACCGUGUCAGACAUAUUUAUAUAGUUUAUAGUUUGUUUUUAAACUGGUCUUACAGGUUAUACAUAUGUGAGUAGAUUUUAAAGACCUGGUUUUAAGUGUGUGUGUGUGUGUGUGUGUGUGUGUGUGUGUGUGUGUGUGUGUGUGUGUGUGUGUGUGUGUGUGAGGGAUAGAAAGCAUUUGCACAUCAUAUGAUAUCAGGUUAUAAAAGUAAUAGUUACAUUAGUCACUUUAUCACCCACAGUCUGUCGCCACCAGGUGUUUUUUUGCUGAUCACCAGCCGCUAGAUGGUGCUGAAGUACAAGUUGUAUUGUGUGUGUGUGUGUGUGUGUGUGUGUGUGUGUGUGUGUGUGUGUGUGUGUGUGUGUGUGUGUGUGAAACAGAGUGAGAGAAGCUGCUGGACUGUUUUAAACACGCCCUUGUCCACUUAAUAAUCGUAGUCGAUCUCAGGAACAGAUCUUUACCCAGAAUGCACUACAGUCUCAAACGUAUAGGAACUCUGGCAUCAUCGUCGUGGUGGAGUUGGUCUAAUAAAUCUUACAGAUUUAAAGACAAUUCGUUACGUUCUAUCAAUAAACAUGGACCAAGAACCACCUUUCCAAAUUUCUACACACUUUUAACUUUUUCAACGUUAUGAGAAACGAACAAGAUCGUUGUUCUGUAGACGUUCUCACAAGACGUCUGGCUUUCAGGACAAGCUUUGGUUUUUUUGUUCUGUUUUGUUUUUUUGUCAGAAAACUUGACGGUGAUUUUACAGAAAUAGGCACUUGACAUGCUCUUUUCUUCAAACAAAACGCAGUGAGCUUGUUUGAGUUCAGGGACUGACUCUUUGCGUCACGUUCAGGUUCAGGCUUCCUGCAGAUCUCCAAUCAGCUCACAGCAUCAAAUGUUCUGAAGCUCGAGGCCACAAAUCAGAAUCAGUUAAUACUAAGAAAUCCGUCACACGUCAUACAACGAAGCCCAUUUCUGUACAAUGAAAUUCAGAGGAUAUUUUUAAUCAUCAGAAAUAUCGAGCGUUUUUUUUUUUUUAUCGAGCGAAUCCGAAUGAUUAAUCCAGACAGAAAUCAUACAGGAAGUGAGUCGCUCUGCGGUGUUCUCACCACCACAGAGUUUAAUCUUGAUCCUGUUGACUAAUCUUACUCUUAUUCUGCACUACACAAUCCUCUAUGUUUCAUCAUCAUCAUCAUCAUCAUCGAGGGCGUGUUGAACUCAGGAGCGCUUCCUCUUCACUCAGGAACGUAUGAAAUCACAGCAGCAGCCGUUUCACCACUUCUCCUCAACUCCACAUCUGUCUGUGUAUUAUAUUAGACAUUAGACACAUGCAAAUGGUUUAUGGAAUACCUCAUUUGUCUUCUAGGUGUUUUGUUUUUUGUGUUUGUUUUUUAGCUUAAAGUUUUGAUGCAGAAAUCUGAACAAUGGUCUUUGUGCAUAUUUUUGUACGGUUGUUAUAUUAUAAUGCUGUUAUUGAUAUAAUUCUAAUGAUGAUAUUACUGAUGUUAUCCUCCACUAAUUAAAAUGAGUUUUAGGACAAGACCCAUGUGAAUGCUUGUGAAACCGGUUUGUGCUGAUUGUAUUCAGAAGUGGAACACUUUGUUCCCCAACCAAAAAAAAGUGAUUUUUAUUUUUUAAAAUGUUUUUUUUUUGUUUGUUUGUUUGUUUUUUGUUGUUUUUUUGUUUUUUUUGACAUUCAGGUUUGUUCACAUCAGUAAUAUUAAAUCUGUGGUUCUCAGGGCUUUCCACAUCUACGAUUAUGAUAAAGUUUUACAUUAUAUCUUAA